CGAUACUUUUCGUCGGAAUACCGAUUGAUCCAUUUUUUUUUUUACAUUGAUCAUUUGUUUUCGCAACAUGAGAGUAUAUUCCUUCGUUAAAUAUUUUAAAGCAAUGUAUUAUAGUGAGAACACUUUUCAAUAGAACAAAGGCAUGAUUUUAUCGAAUGAAAAAUUUAUAGAGUCGUAGACAGACCGGUUAAAAAGGAUUAAAAUCAAUGAAACAUAGUAAAUGUAAAUGUGAAACAAUUUACUGAUUGCUUCUUACAUUAGUGACGUCAGCGGUGUACCGAUACUAAAACUUGUAUCACCUGUAAAGGAUUGGCGCCUCGGAAAUUGCGAGCGGUUUACCGAAAAUUUUAUUUCUUUCAAAAAUGUCACAUAAACAUAUGUUCGCGCAAAGAGCAAUAGUUCUACGAUCCAUAUUCUGAUUAUUUGAUAAGCAUUUAUUUGAUAUAUUUCAACUUUUAAGUUAAAAGUUCGCUCUUCUCCAUACGAGUGUCAACAUAUGGAUGGAGUACAUAGAUAUACAUGGAAUAUCCGAUUGAUCCUCAUAAUAAACAAUAACUCUAAAGGGAUAAUAGGAUAUAUCGAAAGAAAUCAAAGAAGACUGAAGAGAAUAAAAAAUGGCAAACACGGCGCAUUUAGUCCGUCGUCAAAGUUCCCGAGAUUUAAAGCCACAAAAGAGCGUCGAUAAAUUGGAAAUGAAAGAGAUGAGGGGUAGAUUAGUCGUGGACAAUCGUAAAAAUAUUACCAGUGUCAAUUACGGAGCUACGAACGCAGCCUUUGAUGAUUCCAGUCCAAAUAAAAAGAGUAAACCGAUGAACGAAGGUGAAAGUAGUAAAUUAGGGAGUAACGAAGGUAAAGGAAUUUUUCGACCAGAAGCUGGCGAGGAUGAACGUGAAAAUUGGGAUAGCAAGCUCACGUUUCUUUUGGCUACUGUCGGUUAUGCCGUUGGCCUUGGAAAUGUAUGGAGAUUUCCUUAUUUGGCACAAAAAAAUGGUGGAGGAGCAUUUCUGAUACCCUAUUUUGUUAUGCUGGCGAUCGAGGGUAUUCCUAUAUUUUACCUUGAAUUGGCUAUCGGCCAAAGAUUAAGAAAAGGAGCCAUCGGUGUUUGGAAUCAGGUUUCGCCAUACAUGGGUGGUAUAGGUGUUAGCAGUGCUGUCGUAUCUUUUAACGUGGCCCUUUAUUACAAUACUAUUAUCGCUUGGUGCCUCUUCUAUUUUGUCCAGAGUUUUCAAUCACAAUUACCAUGGGCCGAAUGUCCGAAUAGAUAUUUUCAAAAUGGAUCUUAUGCACCGGAACUAGAAUGUUUGCAAAGUAGCCCAACUCAAUAUUUUUGGUAUCGGACGACUCUGAUGAUCUCUAAAGAUAUUAAUACUCCGGAAGUAUUUAAUUGGAAGAUUGCACUGGCUCUAGUUAUUGCUUGGAUUUUGGUUUAUAUGUGUAUGAUCAAGGGAAUCGCAUCGUCAGGCAAGGUCGUUUACGUGACCGCUACUUUUCCAUAUAUCGUGUUAAUUAUUUUCUUCUUCCGAGGCGUCACUUUACCGGGAAUGUCAGAUGGAUUACGGCAUCUUUUUACACCAAAGUGGUGGACACUUACAGAUCCAGUAGUAUGGUUGGAAGCUGGUACUCAAAUAUUCUUUUCUCUUGGCUUGGCAUUUGGAGGUUUGAUAGCCUUUUCUUCCUAUAAUCCAGUAAAUAAUAAUUGUUAUCGUGACGCGAUCAUGGUUAGCUUUACGAAUUGCUUCACAUCUAUGUUCGCCGGAAUUGUUGUUUUCUCGAUUAUAGGAUUUAAAGCGACUAUGGUUUACGAGGAAUGUUUGACAGAACGAAAUACAUUGUUAAUUAAUAUUUUCGGUACCGAAGACAAAAUACCCGAUGUCAUACCCGAUGCAAAUACGUUACUUAAUGUUACUACCGGAAAUGGUUCUUUGGACAAUUUAAUUAUGCCAAAAUUGCCGGUAUGCGAUCUGGAAAAGGAAUUAGAUAAUUCAGCAUCAGGUACUGGUUUAGCAUUUAUCAUCUUCACAGAAGCCAUUAAUCAAUUCCCUGGUGCCCAAUUUUGGUCGAUUUUAUUUUUCUUAAUGUUAUUUACCUUGGGUAUCGAUUCUCAAUUUGGUACAUUAGAAGGCGUCGUUACGAGUAUUGUUGAUUUGAAGCUUUUUCCCAAUUUACGAAAAGAAAUCUUAACAGGUGCAAUUUGUUUGGUGUGUUGUAUAAUUUCAAUGGCUUUCGCUCAUGGUGCUGGCAGCUAUGUCUUCGUACUUUUUGACAAUUUCAGUGGAAACUUUCCUUUAUUGAUCAUCGCAUUCUUCGAAUGCAUUGGAGUAUCUUAUGUGUAUGGAUUAAAAAGAUUUGCCGAUGACAUAGAGUUAAUGACGGGUAAUCGUCCUGGACUUUAUUGGUUGAUUUGUUGGAAAUAUCUCAGUCCUUUGGCGAUGUUAAGUAUCUUGAUUGCUUCAUUCGUCGAAAUUAUUAUGGAAGGGAGUGGUUAUCCAGCAUGGGUAUCAAGUUUAGGUACAACGGAAAAACACGAAUGGCCAAUAUGGGCACUCAUCCUUAUUGGUAUUCUUAUUCUUGCAUCCGUUCUUUGGAUACCUGCAGUUGCUAUUUGCAGAUGUUUUGGUAUUCUCAUAAUUGAUGACAAUGAAAAAGCCUGGUUCCCAGCAGCAGAUUUGAAAGAAUUUCAUGGAAUCGUACCCCAUGAAGUUACUGCUGCUGAAACUUUAUUAUUCUGCAUAAGAACCGAUGGUACAGAAGGACUAUGUUGUCCAACAGGUGGUCCUAGCGAUGAUGACGAGGAUCUCUCCUAGGAAUGGUCUUAUUUAUUCUAUAUUGAUAUUCGUUUAAUUGCUUUUUAACUCGAGAAACAGAUGUUUCUUUUAAAGAAAUAAUUGACAUAAUCAGUAUUUACGUUUGAUUGAUUCAAUGAUAUCAGAGUCUUUAUUGAUUUAUUUUCAUUAUUAAUCGUGUUUAAUUAUAGGAUUCAUCGAGUCAAUUAAUCUGAAAAUAAUAUGAAUUCUUGGAUUACGUGAGAUAUAACAUUUAUCCGAUAUAUGAAAAUUGAUGAGGAUUUAUGAGGACAUUAUUAUAUUGUUACUGUUUUUCGUGAUUUUAAACAACAUCAUGUGUCAAUAUUAGUCAAGAGAAAUACUGAAAUCUGUUCAAAGUUUUGGAAGUUUACAAACAUAUUAGAUAUUAGGUAAGGAAAUAUACAGUACUAAUAUUACUAGAAGCUAAAAAUGGAUACAAAUCGUCGUUUUGCUGUAUUCGUAAACAUAUACAGAUAAAUGAAUGAAAAUUUGAAUUUCAUGAGAAAAUAUCGCGACUGUAUUUUUCGUACGUCGAAUGUAUUGCUAUUACGCUUAGCAUUGUCUUCGACGUGUAACUUUCUAUUUACAUAUUAGGAAAAUAACGUAUUAUAUUCGAAAUGCGAUGCAAUUUAUAAGUUUUUUUUUUUUAAUAUUUUACUCUCUCAUACUCAUAUUUAUUAUUGCUUGUAUCAAACAAUGUCUAUUAAUGACACAGUAUUCUAUAUUCUAAAUUAUCGAUAAAAACUUGUUAAAUACUAUAAUAUUUUCAUGUGUUUCUGUCUGACAAACGUCAAUACUUUCAUAUACUAAAGUUGCUUUAUAUUUUUUAAAAGCAUCGUAUUUCGAAAAAAGAACGUUCGAAAUUAAUCGAAAAUACAGAUGCUAGUGGGAAAAAACAUAAACAUAUUAGUAUGUACUGAUCUGUCGUUUUUAGAGAAUCCAUUAUAUAUUUAAAUAUAUUAAAAAAGGUAAACCCCGGAAAUUUGUGGCAUAUCGACAAUAAGAAUACAUCUUAUCAAUAAUAUCAGCGAUUGCACUUUUAUUGUUUAGCAAUUGCAAUUAAUGUGAGAUUUAAGAUUAGAAUAGGAGCCGUCCAUUCAAUAAGUCAGAAAUGGGACGUCUCCCAAGUUUUAUUUCUUCGUUUUUUCUUUUUGUUUUCAUAAAAUUUUAAAAAACGCUACUUAGCCGAUUCUUUAUUCUGCCUGUCCCGACUAUUUCUAGUAAAUUUUUAUAUAAAGUUUUAACGAUACUAUUUAACGUUCUCAUAUUAAGGAAAUAUUAAUCUUGUUAAAUGUGUGAAGUAAGUUUUAUUAUUCGUAUAUCAGAUAAAAAAAUUUACAUGUUCUCAUAUUAUAAGGAGAGGAAAAUCAAAAGGUACAAAUUACUGUCGUUUACUUUUGAAACGAUGGUUAGAAUUAUCUACGUUCUUCAAUGAUCGCGAUACGUGCUUACUCUGAGUUUAUAAUAAAAACACGAUAUAAUAAACUUAUCGUUUAUAAUAAAAGAUAAGGAAAAGUUUCAUUAAUAUUAAGUCUGGAUGGCAGAAAGAAUUGAUCGGCAGAAUUGGUAGCUUUAUCGCGUUGAAAGUAUAUCAAUAGUGAUAGAAAUGAAAAUGGAAACAACUGGCAUAUCGUGAUGAUACAUAUAAAUCUGCUCUAUGUACUUAUGAUAAAAUUUAUUCAUUAUUUUAACGUAAUUCGUCAGUCGUAAUUUUAAGGCUUAAGGACAAUACAAAAUUAUGUAAAUGCCUCGUUUCGAGGGAUUUAUAAUGACAAUAACAAAAUUCAAUCGAAUUAUAAUCGAUGAAAAUGUGACGACAAUACAUAAACAUAACGUGACAUUAACGUCAAAAUAAUUUUGACCGUAGUUUCGUUACGUAUGUUGCAUGUUAUUUUUAAUACAAUAUUCAAUAUUAGAAAUGUUAAAAAUAUAAAGACUGUUCCAAUUGAGAUUAUAUAGAGCGAAAAAGAAACAUAUAGCAACGAUUUCUUUUUUUUUCUUUUCCUUUUUUUUUUUUUUUUUUUUUUUUUUAUUAAUCAAGAUAGAGAAAAAACUCAUUGAGAUUAAUUAUUUUAGCAUGUUUUUUUAAUUAUUAUAUUAAGAAACAAAAGAGAAAGCUAUAUGCUAUAGGCUAUUGAGUAAAACAAUUAGUUAAUCAAUGCACGUGCAAUCUUUUUCAGAUAAUAGAACAAAAUUAAUAGAGUUUGUUAUAACACGAAAUAUAUAUAUAUAUAUAUAUAUAUAUAUAUAUAUAUAUAAUUAAUAGAAAAUUUACAUUUAUUAUGAUUGUGUUUUCCUUCAUACAAUGUAUUCUAAAAUAGCUCAUGUUUGCUUUAUUACUAAGGUGCUAAACUAUAAUAUAAGGACGAUUAAAUAAAAAUUAAUAACAAUAAUUCUAUAUAUACAUACGUAUAGUUAUUAACAUAUACUUGUUAAGAGAUCCAUAAGAAUCUGUUGAUUGCUUUGACAAUAAUUCCGUUGCCUUGAAUGGUAUAGCAAUUUACGUAUAUACAUAUAUAUUUAUAUUGAGUUUAUUCUGAUUGAUAUAAUGUAAAUAGUUAUUGAUAUUGGCUAUAAGAAUUUUAUCGACAAUAUAUCGACGCAUGAACAUCUUUAAAAAGAAAAGAUUCAUGUCCCUGAAAUUCUAAUCAUGAUAUAUGUAUUUAUAUCGAAUUUUUUCUUCAUACUAUUUAUGUAUUUGUUAGAUUAGAGAAUACAAUAUCAAUCAUAUAUUUGCACUAAACGUACAAAUAUUACGGACAAUAAAACGUCUCAUAUCGUUUUAAUUUCUCAUAUCAUUAACAAUAGGAAAAUAUGUUAUGGAAAGAUCGAUAAAUAAAAAUGAGAUUACGUAUAUGAAAUCAUAUCAUGUUUUACGAAUGAAUAUGAUAAAAAAAAAUUUUACGAAUUAAAAUAUGUUUAAUUUCUUAUCUUAAAUGUAUACGUUCUCGAUUAUUAUUUUGAAGAAAACACAUUCUACUGUAAUCCAUGUAUCUGUAAAAUUUCAAUUAAGCGUGAAAUUAAGCGUGAAAUUAAGGAUGAAAUUAAGCACGAAAUAAAGUGACUGUAAAUUAGUUUAUUGUGCUACGAAGCAUUUAUAUCAUAAUUGAUAUCGUGUGAUUGAAAUUUUAUUAUUGAUAUAUUAUACGAGAUACGAUUAAUAUAAGACGUAGCUUGUGCAAUAAUUAAUAGGAUAUAUUAUUAAAGCGGAUGG